AUGCGAAAGCAUACGACGUCUGCGUACAGCACCUCAACCGGACAGGCUGAGGGCCGCAGCGCAAAGCCGAAUGCACUCGUGAUAGCCGGAAUCUCUGUACUCAGUUUCGGGCUCGGCGUAGUCUACAGUCGUCGCGAGAAGGCUGUGGCUCGAACGGACUCUACCAACUCGCAACCUGGCUACGGUGGACACGAGGAGCUGAAGUCUGCCUUGAAUGCCCUUCAAGAAGCAUUCCAUGACCGCCCGGAGCUUCUCUCGACGGAGGAGUCCGAUCUUGAUGCCCACGCCAAAUGGUUCUUGUCUCACAAGGAAGCCGUCCCGCACAACAUCAUCGUCUAUCCCCAGUCGACAGAUGACGUGGUAAAGAUCGUAGAACUUGCGAACAAGUACCGCAUACCCGUCGUGCCAUACUCCGGCGGGACAAGCCUGGAGGGGCAUAUCACCGGCACGAAUCAUGGCAGCAUCUGCGUGGAUGUAUCGCGCCACAUGGACAACAUUCUGGAAAUCCACGAGGCUGAUGCGGAUGUCGUGGUUCAACCUGGGGUCGGUUGGAUGGUGCUAAACGAUGUAUUGCAAGAGCGAGGCAUCCCGCUCUUCUUUCCCCUCGAUCCUGGCCCAAACGCAACUUUGGGCGGCAUGUUUAGCACAGGCUGUUCAGGACCCAACGCGGUUCGCUAUGGCACCGCGCGUGGUGAAUGGUUCUUGAACGCUACCAUCGUGUUGCCAUCUGGUGAAGUCAUCAAGACGAGAAGGCGCUCGCGGAAGUCAUCGGCUGGCUGGGAUGUUACGAAGAUGUUCAUCGGCGCCGAGGGCACUUUAGGAAUCGUCACGGAACUGACCGUGCGUCUCGCCCCCGUGCUGCCGACUGGGGUCGCCAUCGUCAGUUUCCCCAGUGUUCGGAACGCGAGCGACGCUGUUGUGGAGCUACUCAAUCGUGGUGCUGGGCUACAGUGCAUCGAACUCCUAGACGCUCACCAGAUGCGCGCCAUCAAUAAUCAUGGGAACCCUCAGCAGAAGUACGCGAUCGCGGAUCAUCUCUUCCUGAAAAUACAGGGCGCGACGCAAAGUGCAAUCGACGAGUCUGAGUCUCUUGCGCGCGAGAUUACGAAGAAGCACGGAGGAGAGAACUGGGUAUCUGCCCAAGGCGAAGCUGCACAACACCUGUGGGCGGACAGAAAAAACGCACCAUACGCUGGCGCGCUGUAUGGUGGCCCAGGCUCAACGGUUUGGCCGACAGAUGUGUGUGUCCCCGUCUCAAAGCUGCCUCAGCUCGUCGAGGAUGUGAGGAAGGACAUGGACGAAGCCGGCAUCUUAGGCACCAUCUUGGGACAUGCAGGUGACGGAAACUUCCAUGCCGGUGUGAUCUACCGUAACGCGCGCGAGGAAGAGUUAGCGGCCGAGAUAGUCCACAAGAUGAUCGAACGCGCUCUCGCUCUGGACGGAACGUGUACUGGUGAGCAUGGGGUUGGAAUCGGGAAGCGCGAAUACCUGGAGGAGGAGUUGGGCGCAGGCACAGUGCGGCUACUGAAAACCGUCAAGCAAGCCCUAGAUCCACUGGGAUUGUUCAAUCCUGGAAAGCUUUACCCCGAAGACGAGUAG